UCCAGCCUACUCAGAUUACAGCCAAUCUUCUUUCAGAAAAUUUACAGACAUUGACCAAUCAUGUAUUGCGAAUCAAACCUCGUCGUCCAAUCACAAUUAAGAACACGCCGCAUACAGUAUUAUACGCUUGUUGAUUUGGGCUCUCCUCAGAAACGGAUGAAGCUGUCAUGGGGGGAGUAAAACAAGAGCAGAGCGACGGCCCGGGAUCGAAAAGUUUCCAUCAUUCAGACUCGACACAUGAAGAAAACAACUCCCUCAGUGCGCAGCCUGUGAAGAAGCGAGGCUGGCCCAAGGGGAAAAAGAGAAAGAAGGUCUUACCCAACGGUCCCAAGGCUCCGGUGACGGGGUACGUACGCUUCCUGAAUGAAAGACGUGAACACAUCCGCGCCUUGCACCCUGAUCUUCCUUUUCCCGAAAUCACCAAGAGGCUCGGAGCCGAGUGGAGUCGCCUGGCGCCCCAUGACAAACAGCGUUACCUGGAUGAAGCGGAGCGUGAAAAAAUGCAGUACGCCCGGGAACUGAAGGAGUACCAGAAGAGCGAAGCCUACCAGAUCACCAGCACCAAGAUCCAAGAUAAAAAAAUUAAGAAAGAGGAGUUGACAUCCGUCAUUAUAAACGCCAACAGUUCAGGAUCAGCAUCUAUUAAGAGCAUGGAUCUGUCCAACAGAUUCGAUGUGCCCAUUUUCACGGAGGAGUUCCUCGAUCAGAACAAAGCCAGAGAGGCGGAGCUCCGUCGGCUGCGGAAGGCCAACGUGGAGUUCGAGGAGCAGAACAUCAUUUUGCAGAAGCACAUAGCGGAGAUGUUUAGCGCCAAAGAGCGUCUGGAGGCCGAGCUGGGUCAGGACGAGCUGCGCACGCAAGCCCUGCACCGCCGCCUGCAGGCCAUCAAACAGACGAUGGUCACCAGUCUGGCGUGUGUCCCCCUGCCAGGUACAGGUGAGACCCCCUCAUUUGGAACCCUCGACACGUACCUGAGCCGUUUGAGCAGUACCUUGGAGAGCAGUCCUCACGAGCACCGGGCUCUGCUCCUCAAACUCCAGGAGCUUCUGGCUCAUUUAGACAGGUAACGUCUAAAAGUGAGCAACUCUGAGAAACGUGUGCAGCCGUGCUGUUUUACGGAUUUGAGGUGGUCGCUGAAGCGUCUCCAGCGCCAUGAAGACCGGAUUCCCCAGAAAACCCCGGAGGAAAAAAUCUUUGCUUUUCAGUGCACGAAAGCUCCUGAACGUCGAGGCGUAGUUCGGCUGUUCAGGCGCUAAACCGUAGUUCAUUAGAAUGUUUUUAUGAUUUCUCAAAUGAUUAAGGAAUUUUGUGUGUGUGUGUGUGUGUGUGUGUGUGUGUGUGUGUGUGUCAGAGACAGAGAUUUCGAACCCAUUUAUUUUUCUCUUCAUUUCUUUAUUACCAUAAACGAAAUUUCGGUCUGUUUAAUACCAUACUUCAUUCCAGAAACCAUUUUUCCGCAGAUUAAAAGCAAAUACGCAAUAUUUCCGAGGCAAAUUAUCAUCAUGAAAGUUUUCCUGAAUGUAGAUUUUACAUUUUACACUGAUUUAUAAUUGUGUAUUUGAAAAAAAAAAACCCAUUAAAACAGGUACAGAAUCAGGGAAUGUUUAUUAUAAUGAAAUAAAACUGUUUAAAA